UCGGUUAAUCCAAUCCAGUCAGCCGAGGGCCUUGCACCUUGCACGACGGACGACAUAUUCGCGGACUCGACACGCUAUUCGCCUUUGAGAGUUCAGCUUCAAGAAAAUAUCACUCGCGUGUUUCAAAAAAAGUUGUCCAUUAAUCCUAAUCCUUUGAUGUUUUAUUUUUGAACAAAUAUAAUACUUCAUUAGAAAUUUUUUUCGAAUCAAAAAGCAAACUUGAAUUAAGUUCAGAAGGUUUAUUAUUUGUGAGAGCUUCAUAAAAGGCUAAGGACUACGGGUGUCAACAGAAAAGAUUUAAAAACGCAUUAGGUCUGAAAUAAGUACAUAUAUUUAAUAAAAUUUUCGGUCAAGUUAGACCAGAAGGUCCAGCCUGAACAAAUCAUCUUUGUGAAGAGUCUCUGUUAUGGAAACUUGCGUUUUGAUUCCCCAAGAAUUUUCCCUGGUCCUUGCUACCGAUCAAACUUCAUGUAAAAAACUUUUCAAGAACGAAUCCAACUCUAUAGUAGCUGAUGUGCGAAUAUCGGUAUGGUCUAACGUCAUCAUCCCUGCGGGAACUCUUAUUUACCCGUUUCAAGGAUCGAUCAGGUUCGACAAGAUUGACUUGUAUUCCCUUCUCGAUGACAACGAUAUCAGGCGAGAAUAUGGGUGCUACGAUGAGGUAUCAUUAUCCAACUACAAACUGAACAAACGACAAUGCAAUUGGAUAAGGUUUUUAAGAAUUAUGCAAACGUACGACGAUCGAGUUAAUCUUAUUGGAACAAAAUCUAAAGGUGAACCAAUCUUCGAAGUGAUAAAGGAUGUUCAGCCAGACACCGAGUUAGUUGCUUGGUUUCUGCCUGUCAAUGAACAGGAUUUUGUCUUCAUCUCACGCGGAUUGUGUUCACGAACUGCCAUAUAUAGAUGUACAAUCGAUUCCAUUUUGGAUGAAUCACCGUUGGACCUGUCAAUGACGUUACUUUCGCAACAUUCCUCAUUGUCGAAUCGGAAUUCAUGUUACGAGGUCGACGAGUACGAGUCUACGUCAGAAGAGUCAUCGUCUUCCACUAAUUCAUUUGUAGGAGAUAAUAUAGACUGCAGCAUCCUGACAAGCAUUAAAAGAGGUGAAAGGGUCUUACUGCCUUGCGAAAUAUGUAGAAAAUGCUUCGACCGUCCGUCACUCUUGAAAAGACAUAUGCGUACACACACAGGGGAGAAACCGCAUGUCUGUUUGGUGUGUAACAAGGGUUUCUCAACAUCAAGCUCGCUAAAUACACAUAAGCGCAUUCACAGCGGGGAAAAGCCUCAUCAGUGUCUGAUUUGCGGUAAGAAGUUCACGGCAUCUUCAAAUCUCUACUAUCAUCGUAUGACGCACAUAAAGGAGAAGCCGCACAAGUGCUCGCAGUGUUCCAAGUCCUUUCCAACCCCCGGGGACCUGAAAAGUCAUAUGUACGUCCACAAUGGAUUAUGGCCUUUUAGAUGUCAGAUUUGCAGUCGUGGAUUUAGCAAACCAACAAAUCUUAAAAACCAUACGCUUCUACAUUUGGGCAGAUGUUCAAACCAGAAAUUUAAUAAAUCUUUGCCAGAUUUAUAAUAAGUGUCGUUAAAAAAUUAAAUUAGAAUCUUCUCAUGUUAUUAAAUCAAAUUAUAUUAAUUUCGCCUUUCUAGAAAUGAGUG